UCUCAGCCCUGCUCGGAGGCUUCCGCGCGGUUGCGGGAAGGAGGGAGAGGCCCGGAAUGGCGGAGCUGGGCGGGGAGGCCGAGUCGGCCGAGCUGCAGCGCCUGGUGGCGGCCGAGGAGCAGCGGGCCCGCUUCACCGCUCAGGUUCACAACUUCAUGGAAGUCUGCUGGGAUAAAUGUGUUGAGAAGACAGGCUCCAAGUUGGACUCCAGAACUGAAGCUUGCCUGGGCAAUUGUGUCAACCGCUUCAUAGACACAACACUCUCCAUUACCAAUCGCUUUGCACAGAUAGUACAGAAAGGAGGGCAUUGACAGCGCUGCCUUGCACCACAUGGAGCUUUACCACACCCUCCUAGACCAACAGAUUUCAUACUGGCCAGUUACAUCAGAACUUCUGCUUGGUGAGAAGGAUGACCUCAGUGCAGAAAGUCUACCACUGGUGUGAGAAUGCAGCUGACCAUUUCUAGAUGUUGAACUGGCUCAUUGAGAGCAAUUUCUUGUCUCCAUGACGUUUAAUAAAUCAAGAAGACUUGCACAAACAA